AUGCUAGAGCAGAUUGAAGAGAACCCAGAAAUACCAGUUAAGGCUGUACAAGAACAGUUUCAAAGGAGGUUUUCAGUUGGAAUUUCAAGAAUGAAGGCAUAUAGGGCUAAGUUCAUAGCUAAGAAGCAUGUAGAAGGAGACUAUGCUAAACAGUAUACACUGUUGAGGGAUUAUGCUAAUGAACUCAUCCAACAAAAUCCAGGUACUACUGUUAAGAUCGAGGUUGAUGCUAAUCCAGAUCCAGGGAAUAAUACCAGACAGUUUAGAAGGAUAUAUGUGUGUUUGGCUGCAUUAAAGCAGGGGUUGAAAGCAAUUGGAAGGGAUUUCUUAGUUCUAGAUGGUGCAUUCAUGAAAGGACCAUUCCCAGGGCAACUGUUAAGUGCAGUGGGUGUUGACUGCAACAAUGGGAUCUACCCUGUUGCUUAUGCAAUUGUGGAAUCUGAAAACAAAGAGUCAUGGACUUGGUUCUUAGAGAUUUUAGGUGAUGAUCUUGGUUUAGGCACUUACUCAAAUUUUACUUUCAUAAGUGAUAGACAAAAGGGGAUACUUCCUGCAAUCUCAAAACUGUUUCCUUGUGCUGAGCAUCGAUACUGUCUUCGCCACAUACAUGAAAACAUGAAAGUUAGUUUCAAAGGAGAUCUUUACAAGGAUAAGCUUUGGAACUGUGCUUGUGCAACAACAGUACCAGAAUUAUCAGUUGCUAUGGAUGACUUGAAGGCUUUCAACAAGAAAGCUCACUUAUGGUUGUCAAAGAUUCCUCCUUUACAUUGGUCAAGGGCUUAUUUUUCAGGGAGGGCUGUUUCUGAUAUAGUGCUUAAUAGCAUGUGUGAGGUUUUCAAUGGAAAAAUAGUAGAAGGCAGGGACAAGCCUAUCAUAUCAGCCCUUGAAUACAUAAGGGAGUAUCUAAUGAGGAGAAUAGUAACUGUGUUGAACGUAAUGGAGAGAAGUGAAGGCUUGCUUACACCCAAGGCAACAGAAGUUUUUGAAGGGAUCAAAAGAGAUGCAACCGCUUACCAUGUUCAGUGGAAUGGGGGGGGGAUUUAUAUCAGACAUGCUGUGGCUGCAAUUUGGGAGAAAGCUGCUAAUAGGGGCAGGGUGGGUGCUUUGGAGAGUUGGGUACAUCCGGUUUAUACAGUGGAGAGGUGGAAACAAGUGUACUCUUUUAGGGUGAACCCUAUCAAUGGUAGGACUUUAUGGACAAGGGUACAUGCUCCUACAACGAUUACACUCCCAAAACAUCACACCCAGGUUGGUAGACCAAAGAAAUUGAGGAAAAGAUCUGCUGUGGAGCUUAAAGAGAUGACCCAAUCAGGAAGGCUGUCCAAAAAGCACACUAAAGGAGCAUGUUCAAAGUGUAAGAAGACUGGACAUAAUUCCAGGACUUGCAAGGGUCAAGGUGAAGCUGUCAAGACUGGCAAAUCAGGGAAGAGUGGCAAGGCAGAGAAGAAAAGGAAGGUUAUGGUCAGUUUACUUUAUGGUCUGUUUUUGGUCACUUAG